AUGGAAUAUGAUGAGGAUGAUGAUAUUUUCUUUGCAAAAUGGAUGAGCAGCUUCUGGGGCCACAACUUGAUCGAUGAGAAAGAGGCCAGAGGCCACAAGAAACGUCAGACACGACUCUGUAGUGAAAGGAGAGCAUCGCUACCGGCCAAGCUUUCCUCCCUCCAUACAACACGACUUCAUGCUGCUGCCAGAGGCUCAUCUUCAGGCCACCUCAGGGGCUCCAGGGAAUUUCAAGAAGACCAAGAUGUCAAAUKCCACUGCCACAAGAAGGCAAGCAGAACACCUUCAGGAGACAGCUCAUGCCCAGAGACAAGAUCAAACUCCAUUCAGGAAUUUGCAGAGUCCUUUGAAAAGCAAUUGCUUCUCAAAAGCAAACGCUCAGUUUCUUUGCAACCUGAAGGAGCAAAGGAGAGACGAGAAAGAGAAAAAUUGCAUUUGAGAAAAAGCAAGUCUCAUAAGAAAAUGGGAGAGAAAUCAGAGCCAAGGAGAGAGCGGGAAGAAGCUGAAAGUUCAGAAGCACCUGCAAAACAUGACAAACAGUCUCCAUCACAAGCAAGCAUUCAGAARGGUUAUGUAUGCACGGGCAGCUAGAAUGCAUUGAGAUAACCAAUAUUAACACUCCCCCUGAAGAGCAGAGGGAGCAUUCCUGUUCUGUUUUGCCUAGAAGAGGCCUAUUAGUUAGAAUAACCCCUAAGCUGUAAAAUAAAAGUAAAAUUCAACUACAUCACUGGC